CUUGGACUAUUAGGUCUCCUGGUGGGUGCCGCUGACCGCUUGUCGAGGGUCGCGCGAUCUCCCAGCAACUUUGACACAAGACUUUUUCUGACCUCCUCCUACAAGCUCUCUUCAACAAAGCCAGCCAUGUACGGUUAUGCUACAGGCUAUGGCUAUGGUGCAGGCGGUUAUGGGGGUAGUGGCGGAUAUGGGGGCGGGGGUGGCUAUGGCGGAGGUGGCCGUGGCUAUGGCGGAGGUGGCGGCCGCGGCUACGGUGGUGGUGGAGGUGGCCGACCUUAUGGCGGUGGUGGCGGCCCACGCUCUGAAGCUGGCGGUGACGACUCGUACCAGGAGGGAAAGCUCAUCUUCCCAGGCCUUUCGGAGCACACGACCAAGGAAGGCCUUGAGCAAUAUUGCUCUCAGUGGGGACAGGUCGAGGAGUGCAUCGUAGCAGGCGGGGAGGGCGUAGUUAGGUUCUCGGACCCAACGUGCGCUCAGAGCCUCUUGGACUCGGAACAUGUUAUUGAUGGUGCCAAAAUCGAACCGCGGGCUGCGCUGCCCCGCGACAAGGCUGGGACAGGAGAGAGAUGUCAAAAGAUUUUUGUUGGGGGAACCGGAGAUAUUACGGACGAGGAGCUGCGCAAUCACUUCUCUCAGUAUGGAGAGAUUCAAGACUCAGUGAUUAUGCGCAAAGAUGGCGUUACACGCGGCUUCGGAUUCGUCACGUUCGCUGAUCCCAUCAGUGUGGAGAAGGUGUUAGUGAUGCGCCAGGUUAUUCGUGACAAGACCGUGGACUGCAAGCGGGCAACACCUCGGGAAAUUACCCCAAGUCCCGGCGGUGGCGGUGGCCGCGGCGGUCGUGGCGGUGACCGUGGGGGCUAUGGCGGUGGUUAUGGUGGCGGCCGGGGAGCCGGAAGUUACGGAAUGCGCGGUGGUGGAAUGAGCGGCAGUGGUGUUGGCGGCGCUGCCACCGGUGGCUACGAGGAGAGCAUGGCUGACGGCAUGGGUGGUUACGGCAUGGGAGGCUAUGGGGGGAUGGCUGGCAUGGCAUAUGCACCGGCCAUGGCAUACGGCGGAUAUGGCGGCUAUCCAAUGGCAUACGGUGUGAUGGGCUAUGGAGGCUACGGGCGCCAAACGAUGGCGCGGAACAGUGUUGGUCAGCAGCGCUUCCGCCCUUACUAAACCCAACGGGCUGCUUGGGUUUGCCCAGUGUCAGACAAGUUCAUGACUUGGUUGGCGAACACAGUGUACGAUUGAUCAGCGUUUGGUUAUGAGAACUCUGGAAACGUGCGACAUGCGGUUCUAUCUCAGCCCUGCAUUGCCAGUAUUUGGCCACAUGGCUUAGAAACGCGCUUCAAGGGUUGCUUAGGAUUCGUGGUGGCGCGUGCAUUGAGGCUGGAGACGCAUGCGCUUAGAAGCAUGUUGACGAUGUGCACGGACAGGGCAGUGUCAAUCCAACGGAACUGUGCGAGUGCUGCGCUGAAGCAGGUGCGCCAUCUAGUGUCGCCACACCGGCAUUUUAGUGAAGGCAUCCUUGUGGAAAGUGCUUACACUCUUGGACUGUCGCCCCGGACGGUACGUGAUGGGGUGGUGUGACUGCAUUAUUGUGUUGUUUUCGUAUGUACUGGUCAUGUCCUGCGACCGUUACCGUGCAUAGAACUGGUUGCAAGUCGGCCUGAGCGGUCUGUAGUAAUGGGCAUGGAAAGGGGAUUUUGAAGUCCUUACAACCUUGACCAAGUGGACAUGCACAACCUAAAGUACGGUUUCAUGUUUAUAAAUUGCGCACACGUUUACAGGCUCUCGACGUAAUUGGUUACGUUAUGGCAACGGAUGUAACUUUUGAACGACUUG